UAUUUUUAGGAGAUGUCAUUAAAUCCCGUCCGUGUCCUCAAAAAUGAGGCACAGGAAGAAAAGGCCGAAAUGGCGCGUUUGUCAUCAUUCAUCGGUGCUAUUGCCAUUGGUGAUUUGGUGAAAAGCACCUUGGGCCCCAAGGGUAUGGACAAAAUUCUCGUGGCUCAUGGUCGCCAAGCUGGCAAAGUGGAAGUCACCAAUGAUGGUGCCACCAUUUUGAGAAGUGUUGGUGUCGACAAUCCAGCCGCCAAAAUUUUAGUCGAUAUGUCUCGUGUUCAAGAUGAAGAAGUUGGCGAUGGCACCACUUCGGUAACAGUAUUGGCCGCCGAACUGUUGCGUGAAGCUGAAAAGUUGAUCGAUCAAAAGCUUCAUCCACAAAUUAUUAUUGCCGGUUGGCGUAUGGCUACAAAAAUUGCCCGUGAAGCUCUCACACAAGCAUCACAAGAUAAUUCCGCCAAUGAUGCCAAAUUCAAGGAGGAUCUUAUGAAUAUUGCCCGCACUACAUUGUCCUCGAAGAUUUUACAUCAACACAAGGAUUUCUUUGCCAAGUUGGCUGUCGAUGCUGUUUUGCGUUUGAAGGGUUCCGGCGAACUGCAUGCCAUUCAAAUUAUCAAAAAGACUGGUGGUACACUGGAAGAUUCGUUCUUGGAUGAAGGUUUCUUGCUGGACAAGAAGCCCGGUGUACAUCAACCACAAAGGAUUGAGAAAGCCAAAAUUCUCAUUGCCAACACCCCGAUGGACACAGAUAAAAUCAAAGUGUUCGGCAGUACCAUUAAAGUUGAUUCUCUAGCUAAAAUUGCCGAUUUAGAAAUGGCCGAAAAGGAGAAAAUGAAGGACAAAGUCCAAAAGAUUCUCAGUCACAAUUGUAAUGUGUUCAUUAAUCGUCAACUGAUCUACAAUUAUCCCGAACAAUUGUUUGCCGAUGCUGGUGUUAUGGCCAUUGAACAUGCCGAUUUUGAUGGUAUUGAACGUUUGGCUUUGGUCACUGGUGGUGAAAUUGUUUCUACUUUUGAUAAUCCCUCUCUUGUUAAAUUGGGUGAAUGUGAUUUGAUCGAACAGGUUAUGAUCGGCGAGGAUACACUCUUGCGUUUCAGUGGCGUCAAGCUGGGUGAAGCCUGUACCAUUAUUAUUCGUGGUGCUACACAACAAAUUUUGGAUGAAGCUGAUCGUUCGUUGCAUGAUGCUUUGUGCGUUUUGGCUGCCACAGUUAAAGAGUCUCGUGUCAUCUAUGGUGGUGGCAGUUCGGAGGCAUUGAUGGCCACCGCUGUUUUCAAAAAGGCUGCUGAGACACCGGGCAAGGAAGCCAUUGCUAUGGAAGCUUUUGCACGUGCCUUAUUGGCCUUACCCACCGCCAUUGCCGACAAUGCUGGUUACGAUUCUGCCCAAUUGAUUUCCGAAUUACGUGCUGCUCAUGCCCAAGGCAAGAGCACCAUGGGUCUAGAUAUGGACAAGGGUAAAGUUGGUGACAUGAAGGAGUUGGGCAUUACCGAAUCCUUUGCCGUUAAACGUCAAGUUCUAAUGUCUGCCUCUGAAGCCGCCGAAAUGAUAUUGCGUGUAGAUGAUAUCAUUAAAUGUGCCCCCAGAAGACGUGUACCCGAUCGUGGUUAUUGUUAAACAAAUCGACGUCC